AUGUCAAUGUUUCCGGUUGUCUCGGUUUCCCACGUGUGCAGUUGAGGAUCUGCAGUGGCGACUGUAUUGAAAUAAAAUGGUGUACAAAGACCAAAUUCGUGUUAUUCAGUUUGGUGGAAGUCGGAUUACUUACCGGAGGCCGGUUUUCUCUGCGGAUGCAAAGUACCUUCUCUGUGUCUCUGGUGACGUCAUCAAAGUCUAUAGCACUUCCACAGAAGAAUGCUUUCAUGUACUACAUGGUCACAAGGGUUUGGUGACUGGCAUGGGCCUUAACCCAAAGAAUCCCCUACAGCUCUACUCUUGCUCAUUGGAUGGUACUGUUAAAUUAUGGGACUUCAUGGAUGGUGUACUGAUAAAGAACUUCCUAAUAGGAUUGAAAAUGUUUGGCUUUUAUACGACUCCCAGAGAAGAUUCUGUGUAUGUUAUAACAAGUAAUAAUGAAACUUCAGAAACUUUUCAGCUAGUUUCUGUAAAUCUGCCAAAGUCAACGGAACAAGAAUCUGAAGCCAAAGAAGUGGCACUAAUAUUUGACGAUAUAAGUCAGUCACCAAAAUGUACAGCAGUUGGAAGAGAUGGUGAAUAUAUUGCCACAGUGAAAGGAUUAUGCCUCUUGGUGUAUUACUUACGAAAUAAAAAGUAUUUUAGGUUUUCUCUAAGCGCAACAAGCAAAAAAGGCGCAAACAACAUAUUCACAGUGGUAACAUGUCAUCCUGGAGAAGACUGCAUAGCUACAGGCCACAAAGAUGGCAAGAUACGACUGUGGAGAAAAUUCAACUGCCGAAAAGAAUAUACUUAUUCUACCCUACACUGGCAUCAUGAUACAGUUGCAGAUCUGAUCUUUUCUGUAGAAGGUACCAUUCUUUUUAGCGGUGGGGUAGAGUCUGUGCUUGUACAGUGGUCCUACAGCAUGGAACACCAACAAGAAUAUCUCCCUCGGCUGGGGGCUGCUAUAGAACACAUAUCCACCUCCUCUGAUGGCUCUUUGCACUGCACGUCUCACAUAGAUAACCAGAUCACAAUUAUUGAUGCGGGUUUAAAAGUCUCCAGAAUCAUCCAGGGCCUUUUGAAAGGAAAUAAGGUUAAAACUGGCUUGCUUUUUGAUUCUAGAAGCAAAUCCUUGGUUCUUAAUGGCAAACCAGGACAUCUCCAGUUUUAUUCACUACAUGAUGACAAACAGCUGUAUAAUCUGGAUAUUGUACAGCAGGAGUUUGUCAAUCAGUUUGGGCUGCAGUAUAUGGAUUUGGUGAAGGCUGCAUUCAGUAGCACUGGGUUCUGGUUAGCCACCGUGGAAGAGUUACAAGGAAAGAAAAAGGACACUGUUGAAGUACUGAUGAAACUUUGGGAGUUCAGUGAAGAGCUGCAAAGCUUUGUACUAAACACCACAGUCAACAGUCCACAUGAAGACCAAAUCACAUCUAUAAACUUCCAGAAUAGUUGUGACCCUGAGAAAGAUGUUCUAACUUUGGUGUCUACAGGAAAUGAUGGCCUCUUUAAAGUCUGGGUUGUAAGAGACAUCUCUGACAUUUAUAGGAAAUGCAGAGGGUGGAGCUGUGAUUUUGUUGGUAGUUACCACAGAUACAAGGCUACUGACUCCUGCUUCUCUGAAGAUGGCUCCCUUCUUGCUGUUAGCUUUGAAGAAAUAAUUGCAAUUUGGGAAUCUAGUACUUGGCACUUAAAACAUACAUUCUGCCAACCACCUGGAAAAAUAAGGAGUAUAUGCUUUGGAAAAAUGAGUUCCUCCAAAUAUUUUCUUGCAUCAACUGACAAUGGAUACAUUUGUUGCUGGGACCUAAUCACUUGUGCAUUGGUGUGGAAGGCCCAACUUGAUGCUGACAUCCUGCAGCCAGACUCCCUUUCGGAAAAUAUUGCUGCUUUCGCCUUUGUUUCUGGAAAGUCAAACUUGUUUAUAUUCGACCCUGCAGUGUUUAUAUUCGACCCUGCUGAUCCUGUGCCGCUUUAUGUCCAUCCGGAUGUCUGCCAGAGCAAUGUAGAAUGUGCUGUGUUUGUGCCAAGGGAUGUACCAGAAAUGCUGCUAUCAAAAAGCCACCAGUGGCUGACCAGAUCCCAACUUUAUUUCCUCUUAGACACUCAGGACUUGAUGACUUUUAGUACAAAAUCCCCAGAAGAGCGCUUAAAACCUUUUAUUAAGCAGCUGGAACUGGAAGACAUUUCACCUUUCACACCUUUCUGCACACUGUUGGGGAACAAACGCCAACAAAAGCAGGACAAAGAACCACAGAAAACCACACUUGAUAGUGGCAAAAUGCAAGAUUCUUCUGAAGUUAAAGAGCUUCUUUACACUCCAGCUCAUGUAUUACCUCCUUCAUCCAUCUUGUGUACUUUGUUUGUGAAUGCGCUAUUAAUUUCGAAGCAGUGCAAAUGUACAGAUAAAGUGAGCAAAGAUGUAGAAAUGAAGAGUGAGAAGGAAGAUGAGGACCCUGUUGAAUAUGUUCAUGAGCCAACAGAGAGCAAUGACCCAAUGUCUACCGGAUUUUCCCACACUGCCCCUUUCAAACUAAACUUAUCCCAGGAAAAGAAACUAAGAAGGAUACGAAAGACCGAUUUUAGCUGGGUGUCAGAUUUGUAGGAUCCCUUUUCAUGUGCACACUUUUCAUAUUGUUCUUGAGUAUUUCCAUUAAAAAAAUAAAUCUGUUGUAGUAUGUGUGUGUGUGUAUGUAUAUAUAUAUAUAUAUAUAUAUCAUUUUUUUGUUGCAUGCCUAAAUAUUCCGUACACACCUCUCCAUUCUGUCUCCUUGUCUGUUUAAAUUAUGAAAUGCAGGUGGUUAGUGUUACUUUGUGUAGUCAUUGUAUUCGCAACUUGCUAAAUUGUGACGAGCAGUGUUAGCAGGGACUGAUAGAAAGUAUCCACCAUGUUUAUUCUGCCUGUUACCACUAAUAGAGUUACUACAGGGGAAGCAUUGGUGUCGGUGUGCUCUUCUAUUGUCAUUGUAUUGAAUAACCAAGCUAUACUCACAGUUGCAUGUAAAAAGACCACUGUUGGUUAUAAGUAUAGCAGGAUCACGAUCAAGAGCCAACUAAUAGAUAGGACAUUUUGCCAUAGACUUAAUUGGAGGAAAGAUCCGUAUAUACAAGUGUAGUUAUGGAUAAAUCGUGAUCAAGAGGCAUUGGUCAUAAAGAUUGUGCCACAUAAUCAAGAGCACAGUCUGUCCCACUAUACAGUAUGAGCAAAGAUAGCUGCUGUUAAGGAAAUGGUCUCAUCACCUAUAUUCUUGUGUGCUUCACUGUUUUAAUUGUAUUAAGAAAUAAUAUAAUCACUGUGCUUUCUGAUAGUAUAAUAAAAUCUGAACUUCCUUAAUGCAUA